UCUUCUCUCUCUCUCUCUCUCUCUCUCUCUCUCUCUCUCUCUCUCUCUCUCUCUCUCCAGUUUCCUCUGAACUCUAUUUUUAUAAACCCUCUUUGCGAUUUUCUUCCAUCUCUGCGAUGGAUUCAUCGAUUUUAGUCACCGGUGGUGCUGGUUUCAUAGGCACUCACACUGUUGUGCAACUUCUUAAUCAAGGAUUCAAGGUUACGAUCAUCGACAAUCUUGAUAAUUCCGUCGAAGAAGCAGUUCAUAGAGUCAGAGAAUUAGUCGGUCCGGAGCUCUCACGUAAUCUUCAAUUUCAUUUGGGUGAUAUCAGGAAUCAGCAUGAUUUGGAGAAGUUGUUUUCCCAAGCUAAGUUUGAUGCUGUGGUACACUUUGCUGGGCUGAAAGCUGUGGGUGAAAGCGUGGCCCAUCCAUUCCGUUACUUUGAUAAUAAUUUGAUCGGGUCCAUCACUCUGUACAAAGUCAUGGCCAAAUACAAUUGUAAGAAGUUGGUAUUCUCUUCAUCUGCAACUGUUUAUGGGCAGCCGAAGAAAAUUCCAUGUGUCGAGGAAUUUGAACUCAAGGCAAUGAACCCAUAUGGGCGCACAAAGCUGUUCCUUGAAGAGAUUGCUCGAGAUAUUCAUAAUGCAGAUGGGGAGUGGAAGAUAAUACUGCUGAGAUACUUCAAUCCUGUUGGAGCUCAUGAGAGUGGGAAACUCGGUGAAGAUCCGAUUGGGAUCCCAAAUAAUCUGAUGCCUUACAUACAACAAGUAGCUGUUGGAAGAUUACCAGAGUUGAAUGUUUAUGGUCAUGAUUACCCCACAAAGGAUGGCAGUGCCAUCCGGGAUUACAUCCAUGUGAUGGAUUUGGCUGAUGGUCAUGUUGCAGCACUUAAAAAGCUUUUCACAAAACAGGAUAUAGGUUGUUUUGCCUGCAACCUGGGGACCGGUAGGGGGACCUCUGUGCUUGAAAUGGUGACUGCGUUUGAGAAAGCAUCUGGAAAGAAAAUCCCCAUUAAACUGUGUCCAAGAAGGGCUGGAGAUGCUACAGAAGUUUAUGCCUCUACGGAUAAAGCUGCAAAAGAGCUUAAUUGGAAGGCAAAAUAUGGGAUUGAGGAGAUGUGCAGGGAUCAAUGGAAUUGGGCAAGACAGAACCCAUGGGGAUACCAGAAGCCGCCCACCAAAAAAGGAGGCUGAUGGCUGAUGUCUUCGAGUAGUUGGAAACUACUUAAUAAUGAGAUAUAUAAAUGGUCAAAGCAGGCAAUCUGAAGAUGGAUUAAUUGCAACAAUAGUUUUGUGAAUACGUUGGUUGGUUUCUACUUUCAAGCAAAUCAAAUCACAUGACGCAAGUCAUAUACUAUAUCAAAAGCAAUUAUAUGGUUUUAAGUUUUAUGUUUUAAUUAGUUGUGGAGGAGUAAUAAAUUUGGGUUAAUGAAAAAUUCUAAACUUUACUUCACCAUUAUAUUUAUAUUUUAUAUAUAUCCCACUUGGCACA